CGGCGUGGCGGAGCUGGCUGGGCGCCCCCGGCCAAGGUGCGAGCGAACCGCGGCGGGCUCGGGCGCGGAGCGGGGGCGCGCGGCGCGGAGCAGCCCAGCCCAGCGCAGCCGGGCCCGGAGCCUCGCGGGUAGACACGAGCCGGCGGGCGGCGGCGGCGGCGGCGGGGGUGGUUCUCAGCCCGGCCGGUGCAGGGCCUCCGACCGACCGCGGCCGAGCGGGGCCUGGGCGCGGGCGCCGGGGAAGCCCGCCGCGGCGGGCACAGGAGGAAGCGGCGGCGGCGCGUCCCGAGCCGUGCGCGCCAUGUCGGGCGGGCCCCCCAAGGGCCUGCCGUCCACCGGGCCCCACUCCCUGCUCGACAUGCCGCACCCGCUGGCCGGCUCCAGCAGCGAGGAGGCCGUGGGCGGCGACAGCACGCCCAGCCCGGACCUGCUGAUGGCCCGCAGCUUCGGCGACAAGGAUCUCAUUUUGCCCAACGGUGGUACUCCAGCAGGUACUUCGAGUCCAGCUUCUUCAUCUUCCCUUCUCAACAGACUUCAGCUUGAUGAUGACAUUGAUGGUGAGACCAGAGAUCUCUUUGUCACAGUUGAUGACCCCAAGAAGCAUGUCUGUACCAUGGAGACCUACAUUACGUAUAGGAUCACCACCAAAAGUACGCGAGUAGAGUUUGACCUGCCAGAAUAUUCUGUUCGUCGAAGAUACCAGGAUUUUGACUGGCUGAGGAACAAACUGGAGGAAUCCCAGCCGACUCAUCUCAUUCCCCCGCUUCCUGAGAAGUUUGUGGUGAAGGGUGUUGUAGAUCGUUUUUCAGAAGAGUUUGUGGAAACCAGAAGAAAAGCUUUGGAUAAAUUCCUAAAAAGAAUUACAGAUCAUCCUGUGCUCUCUUUCAAUGAACACUUUAAUGUUUUCCUUACUGCUAAGGACCUGAACGCCUACAAGAGGCAGGGGAUGGCAUUGCUGUCUAGAGUGGGCGAGUCCGUCAAGCACGUCACCGGAGGCUACAAGCUGAGGAGUCGACCUCUGGAGUUUGCAGCCAUAGGCGACUACUUAGAUACCUUUGCACUCAAACUGGGAACCAUUGAUCGAAUAGCCCAGCGGAUCAUCAAAGAAGAAAUAGAGUACCUUGUAGAGCUGAGAGAAUAUGGGCCUGUGUACUCCACGUGGAGUGCGUUAGAAGGGGAGCUAGCUGAGCCCCUGGAGGGCGUCUCAGCUUGCAUUGGCAACUGCUCGACGGCCUUGGAAGAGCUAACAGAUGACAUGACAGAAGACUUUUUACCUGUGCUCAGGGAAUAUAUUUUAUACUCUGACUCUAUGAAGAGCGUACUGAAGAAGAGGGACCAAGUGCAAGCAGAGUACGAAGCCAAACUAGAAGCUGUGGCCCUGAGGAAGGAAGACCGCCCCAAGGUGCCGGCAGAUGUUGAGAAAUGUCAGGAUCGGAUGGAGUGUUUCAACGCUGAUCUGAAAGCCGACAUGGAGCGGUGGCAGAGCAACAAGAGGCAGGACUUCCGGCAGCUGCUCAUGGGAAUGGCCGACAAGAACAUCCAAUACUACGAGAAGUGCCUCAUGGCAUGGGAGUCGAUUAUUCCACUACUACAGGAGAAACCAGAGGCCAAGUAAGUUCCUUCUUGGGACCGAGACUCUUCUACCUACACAGGGCAUGGCACCCCAUACCAGGACGUCCCUGUAGUGCCAGAGAGGUGGCACUGAGAAAACAGCCACAGAGUCAUCUCUCCUUUGUGUAUUUCUCUCCCUUCCCGCCCCCCACCCACCUUUGUCUGACAGUGGUUCUCCGUUAGUAUUUAUUCCUUGGUGGAGUCUGUAAGGCUAUAAUCAUCUCUCAGCGAAAGAAGCAUACCUCCGUGUUGUGAAGGAGCCCAUUAAAUCUGGAACACUAAGAUCUGCAGCUGAGGGACGAGACAACCCAGCUGACGUUCUGACAUCUCGUUACAGUCUCCUGUUUGGGGACAGCAUGGUUGCCUGCGGUGGAAGAGAGCCCGGUUCUUGCUUUUCCAGGACACGAGGAAGGCGGGCACAGAGGGCAGCUCUCGUUUUCCACAGACACACGGGGACUCUGGAAUUGACCUGUGUGGGCAUCGACUUGUCUCAGCCUAGAAGGGGGUGUUGGCACCUCCACGGAAAGUCCUUAAUGUACAGUGGCCUAUAGCUGUGAGUGUGGCCUGCUGCCUGCUUGUGACGAGUGGCACCUCUUUUGUGGCUCCUGGUUCACAUAGGACCAUUUAUAUCAGCGUCUGUAUGCGUCCGUGCCCAAAUGAGCAAGCCAGUGUCCUUGUCCUCGUGCGAUACCUCGGGGAGCCGAGGGGGCAGUGCUCCCCAAACUUGUUUCUGACACUAGAAUGCAGUAGAUUGGAAACUGUUUUUUGUGUAAAAUGGGGGGGGGGGUGCAUUUUUCUCUGUGAAGUUCUUCAGUGUUUUUCUUUUGCUUGUUCAGUGUCGUCAGAGUAGAGCUGAGGCCCGUGGUGGGAAGUCCGUGUUGUCUGAGGUCAGAGUAGCUCCCAGUAACUGGGGUCAGUGGGCAUAUACUAGGCCCCAUCUCCACGUCUGCUCUGUGCCGUCUGCCUUUACCUCACCCAGAACUCCUAAUUUAGUGUCUCCUACCACGUCCACCGAGUGUUUGGGCGGCCUUUUGUUGAGAGGCUGGUGUGCCGUAGUGACACAGUGGAGGUUCUGGGAACUCCGUGUGCAUGUUCCAUAUGAAGUGCUUUAACCCUCGAUAGUCCCUGGUCGGAAAGAAAAGUCGGUACCUGGAUGGGCCUCGAAGAUGACAAGUGCUAACAGCGAGCCCUUUGCUUCUCGAUAAGCUAAAACCUCUUCAACUUGCAGCCACGUUCCCCAGUGACCACUGGCCGCAUCUCAAGUCUUCAAACCGACACGAAACCGACGAAGAGGAUCUAUCUUCCAACUCCUUUUCUUUCCUCCUGAAGUGAAGCUACCUAUGCCGCGUUUGCGCUCUCCCGUCUGUGGCUCAUCUCCCCGUAAAAUGAUCAACCUGAGCCUCAAAGAGGCAGUUAGUGUUCUUGUCGCGACGCAGCCGGGCCGAGGCGCUGGCGCACACGCGGGGCGUAACCCGCAGGUACCCGGCCGCGUGCAGCGUGUCGAGGUUCCUCCACCCCCUCGCGCCCGCGGCGUUGACCUCGGGUGGCCACUGCCGUGAUGCCAGGGGUGCAGCAGUAGGCCAGCACAGAACAGUUCGGCUCUGUUUCAUUCAUGUUUUGAGGAAGUCACGGUUUCAGUUAGAACUUUUGUAUCCGUCGGUACUUGCCUGCACCGUCAGACCCCCUCACGCCGUUCUCAAAUCCUGCGAUGUGAAUUUUUGUUUGGUACAAUUAGAAGUGAUUCAUCGAAGCAGAAGGGUAAGGACAGGCCAUCUAGCCCAAGUGGUGAGUCCGUGUUUCAUGCUACCUCUAAGCCAUCACGUUGGUGCGGGUAUGGAUGAUGGACGUCUGGGUCCAAGCUGACAGCUUGCUGGUAGAACAGGGUGUAUAUCCAAUAACGGGUUGACGGCCCUCUCUUGAUAUUUCGUGGAAGGCACUAAACUGACCCAGCAGCGAGCGCUCAUCUCCAGGAACGUGCGAAGCCUUGCCUUGUGGAAUGCGUGCUUUAAAAACGUUGUCCGGUGUCGUGAGUGCUUGGAAAGAAUCGUGGAAAGAGUUGAUGGGAAGACCAGGAUCUCAUCUGCCGCUAGUUGCCAAAGCCCAGGAGCAUUCCCGUGGAAAGUUUAGUUGGAAAAGAAGGCAACCCUUCAAAACAGUCAUGGGGCUCCUCUCUGGGACAUACGGGAAGGGAGUGGAGGGGGGACGCGGUCGUUCCUUACGUUAUUGGAGGCAGAAGACUAGCUCGGAGGGGACUCGGGCAUCUUGCGGCUUGUCUUUCUCCAUUUGUUUGCCAUGUGAUGUUUCUGUGCUUUAAGACACCAGGGAGAGCUGGGACACUGACGCCAGAGCCGGGAGAACCUGAAUAUGUUCCAGGCUCCCCUGGAGAAAUGGUCUUGCCCGAGAAGGGACGCUUGCCCCUUCCUUCAGGCUGGCGGCAGAUGAGGUGAGGAGGCCCAGGAAGAAGGGACGGUAGGCAGUGAAGGAGGCUCCCCAGGCCUCCCCGACCCCCACGGCUCGUCCAGCCUCUGCGGGUCAGGAGUCCCAGGCAUCUGCCCUUUCAUCUCUGUGAGCAUGAAGGGGAUUCCCUGUGAGAAGUGUGACCGGAGACUUCCGUGCCGAAGACUGCCUCGUAGAGGCUUCGUCACCCCGUCCUUCUUGGCUCCACAAAGUCGUGGUGCUGAGAUCACUGCCUCCUCUCUCAUAGUUGUGUCCCAGGAGGCUUUUGCUUGGGGACACGCUUGACCUCAGGCAGACAGACUUGGACAGGUUUUGAGUCUUGGGCACAUGGCAGCCGAAUGCAGAGUGACGCCUAUCAACUGCCUCUCGGGUGCGGGAAGUGAAGGGUUCAUUCACCCAGGUUAAAAAUCCAGGCUAAGGCAGAAGAGGAGAGGAUUCCUAGAAACUGAGCAGAUUUUAGAGAUGCACUUGGUGCUGAAGGGAGCACUUGUGCUUUGUGGCAGAUACGGACACUGCGGUCUUCCUUAUCAUGUGGUGGAUCCACAAGGGGAUCCUAGGCUACUCUGCCCAGAGCCAAAAAACCUCUGUUCUUCCUGAAGGAGGAGGGAACACGUUUCACAGCCAGGUUUGGGGCUGGGUUUUGUCCUUUAAUAAGACUUACUAAUGAUUCCCAGUGACCUCAGAUAAGUGCAAUUAUGGAGAUGAUUGGCUCGUAUUUCACUGUGCUGCUUGUUGAACUCACCAGUCACCUUCCUUUAGGUGAAACAACAAAAGCCAGUACGACUCCGGGGGUCGUGGUGAAUGUAACAUUGUUUGUCUUCAUGCCAAAUUUCAGCCACACCUGGAGCGUGUUCUACAUGUUGUCGAAUUAAAUGUUUUACCGGUCGCCAUCCACACGAGGGAUUUAAAUGCACGCUUGCAGCUCAUUUCUCGUGAGGCCACCUUUGUUUUGAAGUGACAGGAAGUCCUGCUUUAGAGGAGGGCAUGGUGACCUGACUGCCUGUCUGCAAGUGGAGUGUGUCUCUUGGGCUGGUAGGUGUCAGCCUGGGACACACCCAGGGUCCGAGUGACUUGGCCCUGCCGUCAAGAGCAUUGACAUCGCGGGCCCCUGGCUUUGUUUUCAUACCAUUCAUUACACUGCAGAGUGGUCCUUCUCUACCCUCUGCCCUGAGACAGGCAGGAGAGAGACAUCGCCACAGCCUCCUGGGCCCAUGUGGGCGUCGUCUGUUUGGAUGUCAGGAUGGGGUGACCUGGCCUCUCCUCGGGCUGCGCUGAAGGGUGCUCCCGCUCACGAGAGGCUGCCUGUGUUCAGGGCAGGGCACAGCAAGCCUGCGGCCCACCUUCCCGGAUGCCUACUCUCAAAGGCCCGUGGAAACUGAGUAAUCUAAUUGUCAGGCUGGAGUAACACUGCAGUCCAUCCCCAUUUACAAAACAUUUUGGGAAUUUGGCUUUGCCUUCUCACUUUCAAGAUGGCAACAGAUUGGACAUGGCCUCUUAUGUUUUCUCCAUUCAGAUGGCAGGUGGCAUUUAUCAGUAAAUUCGAGUAAAAUGUUAUGAUGUCCUGGGUCAGACUGACCUAUCAAGCUGGGUGUGUUGGAGUUGUUCUCUGCUUCCUCAUGGUUUUUUUUUGUUUUUGUUUUUUUUUUUUUUUUUAGUGCAUAAACCAGGAACCUGAUUUUUCAUCAGCCCACCCAAUAGGUGGUUAGCUUUCUGCUUUAAGCAUGUCUGGCCUCCCUAUAGUCGCCUGGAUGAGAGCGUGCACAGAGCUAUCUGCGUUAGGAAAGGUGGAGGAAAGGCCUUUGUCGCGGGGAGUUUGAUCGUUGUUUCUUAAUCGUAUGUUUGAAUUGCAUUCCGGGUCUGGCUGUCUAACCCUUUCUAUGUGGCAGAAAAAUAUGUUCUUCAGGCAGUUUUUACUACUAUAGAUAGCCUGUAAAUAAGUACUUUGGAAAAAAAUAACAAACCAGUAAGAUAUUUGUCUUAUAUAGAAACAUUCUGUGUGUUUAGCACUUGAAAAUCAACAAAUCCAGACUUUUAAAAUUGCCACAGACUGUUGAAAGCCUAACUCUACUUUUUGAGAAUUGUCAACACCUACUAAUAUGCCUUAUUCUUCAACUAGUGUGUUUUAGAUUCUGGAUAGAAAGAAUUUUUUAGAAACGUAAUCAGUUGUUCCGCUUAAAUGCUAGAGGUCUAACAUAGCCAGUCCUCAGCCCUCUUAAAGAAAUAAGAAAGUGAGGUUCAUAAUUAGGGCUGCCUUUUGGGAAGAGAAAGCUAAGUAUUGCUAUUGCCAAAUGAUAUUUUUGAUAAUGUAAGGAAACACAGGGACCACUGAACCGUUUGUGUGUGUGUGUGUGUGUGUGUGUGUGUGUGUGUGUGUUAAAGUGUGAAAGAUUAACUUAGUGCCUUUUGGCACACUCUUGAUUGUAGAGGAUAUAUGGUAUCAGCAUUGACAAAUCACGUAGAUACAGAGAACUCUAGAUUAUGACAAUAUUAAUGGUGUACCCCGAUUCUGCGGAACAGUUUUUUAAAAGAUAACUGGGGGCGGGGUGGGGGGCUCAGAGCAGCGUGUGUCAGAUAGAAAUUCUCCACAGGUUGAAAUGCCAAAAACCUAAAACCCAUUGAUUCUUUAGUCCAUUUUAAUAGAGCUUUUACUAUUAAAACCAGUGACGGAGUAUUGCAACACGCAUGUCCCUGGCAAUGCCACCCCCUCACCAGGUGAUUCGGGGCUUCCUGCAUGCCAGGUCAGAGCAGGUCACACCUGUCCCCACCCCUGAGUAACAGGUUGUUCACAGUCUCAGACCAACCCUUCAGUCUCGAUGGUACCGGAAGGAGAAAAGGGGGGUGGCUUUUUUCCGCAGUGUGGGAACGGGGAGGGGAAAGCAGAUUGCCAACAAGAUGAGAAUCUGUAUGACAAAAAGACACCUGUGUCAGCUGGGCCUUCGUCAGACAACAAACCAGCAGCUGUUAGCAGUCAGCACCACCACCUGGACACCCCUGAGGUCUGGUCCUGUCCCGUAGGCACCCCCAACCAUUGUACUUCCGUGUGCCUGAUUCCUCGAUGUCCGCGCAUUGGGAAUGCAUUGAGAGAUGAUGUACAUCUGAUAGAUUUCCAGAAAAUAAACUGCCAGCAACCUUUCUGACUUGCAUUUUAACUGUUGAAAAAGAGAUUCAAAACUUUUGCUUAGGUCAUGUCCAAAGUGUGGACUGUAUUUCUUAUUUUUAGAGGUCAUUCUUCACAUUUAAAAUUUGAGAAGAACCCCUCCCCCCGCCCAAGGUAUUGAUGAAGUCCUCCCUCCGUGUAAAUGUGUUCUCUUCUCUCUAUGCUGCCAAUAAGCCAAAUCAGAAGCUGUGAAAAAAAAAAAAAAAUGUGCUCAAGAAUGUGUGUGGACGAGAAAGUGAUUUAUUCCCAGGUCAAAGUCUCUGUUUCAUGAAGCUACCAAACUUGAAAAAGAAUGUCACGUUUUUCUUUCUUUCUUUGUUAUGGAACCCAGAGAUUGUAAAAAGAAAAAAAAAGUUUUGUUGCAUUUUCUGAUGCUGGCACGAGGUUUUUGUCCACUUUUUUUCAUAUAUCUGUGUAUAAAAAAAAAUCUGUCCAUUGUUUACUAUGAAAUUAGUAUUACAUUUUGAGGUAAACAAAAGAAUUUGUAUUGCUUGUUAACUAUUAGCUUGUACAUUUAAAAGGUUUCUUUACCUCAAUUAACUUAAAGUAAUGGACCAAUAAACCUACGAAUGAUGCUUUCUUUA